AUGGGGUUUUCCCAAAGAAAGUUCUUCGUGAACGAUCCAGAUGUGAUCUGUAAACUUAGUUGUGACCCUAAAGUAAAUAAACGAGGCUUUUGUCUUGAACCUUGCUGCAAACUCUGCCCACUUGUCUGUAAAACUCUUCCUGACCCACCUCUACUGCCGCCGCCGCCGCCUAAGUUGGUUGAUGAUAAUCCAGCCUCUACUAGCCAGAAGCAUCUGAUUCAAACGAGUAUGAUAGUUGGGUCUUGUAUGAUUGGGGCUUCUCUUCUUCUUUGUAUUGUUUUUGCUCUUAUGAGAUUCUAUUCGAGUCGGAGAAAUCCCAGAAGGAGGAGAUCGCCGAUUCUGUUUACUACAUCGGAAGAUUUUCUUGAUGAGGAUCAUGGGCCUGUUCUUGAUCAUCCCAUUUGGUACAUCCACACGGUGGGUCUGUCUCAGGCUUUAAUUGAUUCCAUUACGGUUUGUAAGUAUAGGAAAGAUGAGGGUUUGAUUGAGGGGACGGAUUGUUCUGUUUGCUUGAGUGAGUUUGAGGAAGAUGAGAGUCUCAGGCUUUUGCCAAAGUGUAGUCAUGCUUUUCAUAUUCCUUGUAUUGAUACAUGGUUGAGAUCACAUAAGAAUUGCCCUCUUUGCCGCGCUCCGAUUGUUUGUGGUGCUGCUAGUGAUCAAGUGAGUGUCCCGGAUUCGAUUGCGAGUGGUUCUGGUUCUGGGGAGAGCAUUCGGGUGGAGAAUUUGGAGAGUGUUGAAGGGAUUGAAAGAGGGACCAGUGAGGUUGUGAGUACAGAUGAUGAGAAUGUCAGUACAGUUUCGAUUGAUGGUAGGAGUGUUGAAAGUUCAAAGGUUUUGCCUAAUUCUAAUUUGGCUGAGGGAAGUUGUGAUCCGAGAGCAUGGAGCGAUUUGGCGGAUAAUAGACGAGUGACUGAAGAUGAUGUGCAGCCAAUUAGGAGGUCAGUUUCAGUGGAUUCAAUGUCUGCUUCAAGAAUAUAUCGUGCUGUGGCUAAUGUUAUUCCGGAACAAGGAAGUUCGAAUUCCCAAUUAGUACUUGUAAAGAAUCCAAAGUCGGGGAUUGUUCCGAAGCAGGACAAUGCAAGUUCUAGCGUAUCUAAGCAUAAGAGAAGUUCUUCAAAUGUUAUUUCUCUGCAGAUGGUGCCAAUGGCAAUGAAAAUGCCUUUUCCCUCUGGCAAGAAGCUUUUCUCAUCGAAACACAGAAGGACUCUUAGCUCAAUCCUUCCCUUAUGA